AUGUCAUUAACUAAAGAUAUCACAUUACCUGAUGGAUUGAAAAUUUCCUUACCUACUGGAUUAUUCAUCAAUAAUGAAUUCAUUGAAUCUAAAAGUGGUAAAACCAUUGACUCCAUCAAUCCUUCCACUGGUGAAGUCAAUGCCACUGUAUAUUGCGCUGAAGAAGCUGAUGUUGAUUUAGCUGUUGAUUAUGCUAAAAAAGUAGCCACUUCAUGGAGAGACACUACCGGUGUUGAAAGAGGUGAAUAUUUAAACAAAUUGGCUGAUUUGAUGGCUGAAGAUAGAGAAAUCUUAGGUUCUUUAGAAGCCUGGGAUGGUGGUAAAACUAAAGCCACUAAUGCCGUUUACGAUGUUGAUGAAUGUGUUUCCGUAUUAAGAUAUUAUGCCGGUUGGGCUGAUAAAAUUCAUGGAUCUGUAAUUCAAAACGAUCCAAAGAAAUUAGCUUAUACCAUUCAUGAACCAUAUGGAGUUUGUGGACACAUCAUUCCAUGGAAUUAUCCAUUAUUAAUGGCUAUUUGGGCCAUUGCUCCUGCUUUAGCCGCUGGUAACGUUUCAAUCUUGAAAACUUCAGAAAUCACUCCUUUAUCAAUGUUAUAUGUUGGUCUUUUAGUGCAAAAAGCCAAAUUUCCUCCUGGUACUUUCCAAAUUUUAUCAGGUGAAGGUAAAGUUUGUGGUAAUGCUUUAGCUUCUCACGUUGAUGUCCAAAAGAUUUCUUUCACUGGUUCAACAGCUACUGGUAGAUUAAUCCAAAAAGCCGCAUCGGCUAAUUUAAAAGCCGUCACCUUGGAAUGCGGAGGUAAAUCUCCAAUUAUUAUUAGAGCCGAUGCCGAUAUUGAACAAGCCGUUAAAUGGACUGCUAUGGGUAUCUUCUUCAAUCAAGGUCAAGUUUGUACUUCAAACUCCAGAUGUUACAUCCAUGCUGAUGUUUAUGAAGAUUUCUUACAAAAAUUAAAAGAACAUGUUCUCGAAGCUUAUCCACAAGGACCAGUUUAUGAAGAUAAAUCAGUUGUUGGUCCACAAGUGUCACAAAUGCAAUUUGAUAAAAUCUUAGGUUAUAUUGACAUUGGUAAAAAAGAAGGUGCUAGAGUUGUCAUGGGAGGUGAAAGAAAUACUGAAGCUGAUUUAGCUAAAGGUUUCUUUAUCAAACCAACUGUUUUCGCUGACUGUAAACCAGAAAUGAGAAUCAUCAAUGAAGAAAUCUUCGGUCCAGUAUUAGCUUGUUCCAAAUUCUCUAGUGAUGAAGAAGUAUUAAAAUUUGCUAACCAAACUGAAUAUGGUUUAGGUGCAGCUAUCUUCACCAAAGAUAUUGCUGUUGCUCAUAACAUGGCUAGAAACAUUGAAAGUGGUAUGAUCUGGAUCAACUCUUCCAAUGAUUCUGACUUACAUGUUCCUUUCGGAGGUGUUAAAGGUUCAGGUGUUGGUAGACAAUUAGGUCAAUAUGGUUUAGAACAUUAUACUCAAGCCAAAGCCAUUCACGUUAACUUAGGUACCAGAUUAUAA